UACAACGAAUCACUGUCAACAGGAACCAAACAUGGAGGAGUGGAUGCCAUUUUUGAUGAAACCCCUUACCUCACGCUCUUCCUCUCCAAAUAUAGAUCUCAUUUCAUGAUGACAGGACCGAACUAUAAAACUGGCGGAUUUGCCUUUGCAUUCCCAAAGGGAUCUAUCCUGGCCUCCCAUUUCUCAAAUGCAAUCUUAAAUGUGACGCAAGACGUGGAGCCAUAUCGUGAGCUGAUGGCCAAGAACUCCUUACCCACUUCCAUUGAAGAUUUUGAAUUUGAAGAGCAGAGUGAUAUAGAGACGUCAAGUCUGAGUAUAGCUAACUUUGAAAGCCUUUACCCUGUCCUAAUAUCCUUAGUGGCUCUCUCUUUAGGCCUUGCCACUCUGAAUCCAUCAGUGAUCACACGGUUGCGUGAGAAGCUAAGCCUUAGUGGCUCUCUCUUAUCAGUGAUCACACGGUUGCGUGAGAAGCUAAGCCGCAAGUCAGCUAAGGCUUAA